UGAACAGAUCCUUGACUUUUGUGCUUAAGUUAUGGGCCGAGGGACUGUGAUUUGAAGCUGUUUGUAAGGGUGAUGGCUCUGCUAGAAUCCAAUCACUGCUGGUCCAGGCACACUUGGAAAGCUCUACAAGGACUCAGCUACCGAAGGUCCAGAGACAGCAAGUAGCACCUUUCAUGACCCUUGACCAUCAGGUAUUCAACCAGACUCUCAAGAGGACACCACCUCCAGCACCAAGCUGCAUGCCUCUGGCAGAGCAUGGACCCAUGAGCCCAGACAGCGAUGCUGGCUGUGCAGGAAACCCAUUCACAAAACUGCUGGCUCUUGGGAGAGAAGAUGGUGGCACAGAAUGGCACUUAUCUGGUAGCAUUUUGGAUGUGUACAGUGGUGAGCAGAGGAUUUCUCCAGUUAAUGCGAAUCUUAUGAGUACUUCCUGUCCAAGCAAUCUGCCCAUGAAAAAGGAAAUUGCAGAAACUGACACUAGAGCUUUGACAAAAGAGAGACAGAAAAAGGACAACCACAACCUCAUUGAAAGAAGAAGAAGGUAUAAUAUUAAUUACCGAAUCAAGGAGCUUGGCAGUCUUAUUCCAAAGUCUAAUGAUCCUGAUAUGCGCUGGAACAAAGGAACCAUUCUAAAGGCAUCUGUGGAGUACAUCAAGUGGCUACAAAAAGAACAACAGAGAGCCCGGGAGUUAGAGCACCGACAGAAGAAGUUAGAGCAGGCUAACCGGCAGCUUGUGCUCCGGAUUCAGGAACUAGAAAUACAAGCACGUGCUCAUGGUCUGCCAAUGCUGGCUUCACUUGGCACAGCUGAUUUCAGUACCCACAUCACCAAACAGCAGACCCAUCCUGAGAAGAACUCAGUAGGCUGCUGCCAACAACUGACUCCGUCUCAGGGGACAAGCCCGGAGUUCUGUGAGCAAGCUCUGGCCUUCUCGGAUCCUCUGUCUCACUUCACAGAUUUAUCAUUUAGCGCCGCGCUGAAAGAGGAACAAAGAUUGGACGGCGUGCUACUAAGUGAUACAAUCUGCCCCUUUGGCACGGACCCACUUCUCUCUGCCACUUCCCCUGCAGUUUCCAAAGCGAGCAGUCGAAGCAGCUUUAGCUCAGAGGAUGGUGAUGAAUUAUAAGCCACAAACUGACUCAACCAGGGAGCAACUCCAUGCUGGUGCUACGCAAUCAUGAUCUGCGUUUCAUGCAUUGUUUUCACUUAAUCCUCUGGAAGGAAUUAUGUUGCCCAUGGGGGAAAUGAUUAGAAGCAAUGGGGAGUUCAUGGAAAGAAGAAACACGAUGUUAAAGAAUCGCUGAAGGUCACGGUGUUGUUUCCCUCUUUGUCUACAGAGUGCAGACUUCCUUAAAUUUGAUUUUCCUGGAAAGUGGUUCAGCUUAAGAAUGGCUCUAGUGUGAUACCUCCAGAGCAGUGACAUGACAAGAUAUUGGAACUGUAGUCCUUAAAGAGACUGCAAUAUACCACUCUCCUCUCACUUCCAUAUUCUGUGUCACCUCUUAUAACAUCAUUUUUUUUUUUUAUAAAAGAAUCAAGACUAACAUAUUAGGUGAUAAUUUCCUUUCCAUUGUGUGGUGGAAAUAUGUGUGGUUGAACUCUUGUUGGGAAAAAUAAGUAUAAAAUGUAUAUUUUUGUCACUUAUACUUGAAACUCAGUCUGUAAUAACAUGAGAAUUUUUCUAAAUAAAGCAAAGAACAUUUCUGAAAAUAUUAUUUUCUAAAAGUAGAUUCUGACUUUUAAAAUCAGUUCAAUGAAACUAAUUCUGAAC